UUAUUAACUUUUACAGACUUAAUGACUUCAACUCGCCACGAUGCCACAUGGAGCAACUUUGUGUAAUUUUCUUAAUUUUAAACUGUGGAGCAUCACAGCUGAAAGGUGUGGAAGCUGUGGUCCAAACCCAGCUGAAUGUCUUAGCAGCAGAGGGAGAAGAUGCUCCUCUCAGCUGUCAGCUCCUGGUAACUAAAGAGGUCCAGCAGGUCACCUGGCAGAAGGUCUUUGGAAGGAAAGAGAGGAAUAUCUGCUCCUAUAGCGAGCAUUUUGGUCAAACAGUGAAUCCUGACUUUAAAGAUAAAGUCCAGUUUACAGAAGCUGGACUGAAGAAUUCCUCCAUAGUUAUCAGGAAAGUUACAGAGCAUGAUGAAGGAUGUUAUCUCUGUUUGUUCAACAUCUACCCUGAUGGACCUCUGAUAGGGACAACCUGCCUGAAGGCUUAUGAGCUGCAUGAACCCAUCCUUGAUGUCAGCAGAUCAGAUUUUUCUGCAGAGUCAGUUGUGUCCUGUUCAGCCACAGGUCGACCUGCUCCCACUGUAACACUGACUGUUCUACAGCAGAACCUCAGCUUCUCCCACUACAACAGCAGCAGUGUGACCCACAGCAAUGGUUGGAUGUUCAGUGUCAGUGCUCUCUGCUGCUCCCAGAGAGAAGCUGAUCACCGUUCCUGGAGUUAA